CAGCCACUGGUGUCACGCUGAGAUUUCCUGGCGGCCAGGGUCACGAGAACAAAGCUUAAGUUCAUCUUGGCAUCAACCCCCUUGGAAAAGGAAGUCCCCUGUCGUGCGGUACCUCUGGGACUGGCCCGCUGCUGUCGCUGGAGACGGGGAAGGGGGGGCAUGACCAACGGCGGCAAGACCACACUGACCAACAGCCUCCUUAAGUCACUGCCCAACUGCUGUGUGAUCCACCAGGAUGACUUCUUCAAGCCCCAAGACCAAAUAGCAGUUGGGGAGGACGGCUUCAAACAGUGGGACGUGCUGGAGUCCCUGGACAUGGAGGCCAUGCUGAGCACCGUGCAGGCCUGGAUGAUCAGCCCCCGGAAGUUCGCCCGUGCCCACGGGGUCAGUGUCCAGCUGGACGCCUCAGACACCCACAUCCUCAUCCUGGAAGGCUUCCUUCUCUACAGCUACAAGCCCCUGGUGGACUUGUAUAGCCGACGGUACUUCCUGACCGUCCCGUACGAAGAGUGCAAGUGGAGGAGAAGUACUCGACGCUACAUGGUCCCCGACCCCCCCGGCCUCUUCGACGGCCACGUGUGGCCUAUGUACCAGAAGUAUAAGCGCGAGAUGGAGGCCAAUGGCGUGGAAGUGGUGUACCUGGACGGCAUGAAGUCCCGUGAGGAGCUCUUCCACCAAGUCCUGGAAGACAUUCAGAACUCGCUUCUGAACCGCUCCUAGGUGUGGCUGGAGAGGAGGGGCCCAGCCCCCAAUGCAGGGACCCAGACACAAUUCCGGCCACAGUACGGCCAGGCUGGCGGCAUCCCAGCCAGACACUGCGUGACCAUUUCCCUUUGGGGAAGUCUACAUAUGAGAGUGGAGGCCCCACUCACAGCCCAGCAUCUCAGGGCCCAGGCAUUCUGUCCCGAGAUGCUUCUGUAACCUCGAUGGCGGCUUACGUACUAAACCUGAUCCUGUUUUUUAAUCGUUGGGGUCCAGCCUGUUGUGUUCGAGGUGCUGAGAGGGACCCUCCUGCCCCAUCUCCUUGGUGCAUUGGUGGCAUCGGGGGGGGGCGACACCGAGGGCUCUGGGCAGUUACAGUCUCCACCUGUUGGAUCCAUGGCAAUGUGACCCUGGGUGGCUGCUUGAGGGUCUUUUGGUCUAGCUUCCUCAAAAGGGAAAUUUCCUGCCAGCUUUCAGAAAACAGCGCAGCAUGGCCCAGAGCAGGGGCUGGGAGGUCAGCCAAGCCUGAGGGUGCCCCUGACUCUUAGCUGAGCCCCGCUGUCACUGCAUCCCGGCGCCUCCUCCGUGACUGGAGCUGACACCUACUUCUCAUGACCCAGGAUGCUCGUAAGGACACACUCCCUGUCCCAGGAACCACAUCUCCCUGAGCCUUCCCUAGAAUGUUGGUGAGGCAGUUUAUCGUAUACACCCAUUUCACAGAUGGGAAGACUGAGGCUCAGAUAUGGUCAGUGGCUUGGGAGCUGGUAUUUGAACUCAGGUCUCCUCAGACCCUGUUCUUUUUGCCCAAGGGAGGUUGGAA